GCACCACUCCUCACCGUACCCCACUGGGGAAAUCGUGCGCUGUUUGCGCGCACUAUACAAAUAAAUCAAAGCAAGGAAACCCGUGUGUAUUGAGCGGAUCAGCUGUCUGCACUUUAACAACUUUUGCAGUCAUGUAGAAUAUGAUGAGGAUCUCUAGUCAGCUACUGAGGUCAAGGACAUCUCAACCGCUACAGCUCGUUGAAUACUUGGAUCUAUCUAAUCUUGGACUAGUAUCUCUUGAAAGACUCGAACUAUGCCCAAAGGUUCAGACCUUGAUCGUCCGUGGAAAUCGAAUUGAAGCUGUACCCGAUUUGAGAUGCUAUUCCCAGCUGUGGAAAAUUGACCUCGCUAACAACGUGGUGAAAAGUUUGGAGGGUUUGUUUUCAGUUGCUGCCUUUGGAACGCUGGUCCUAGCCAAUAAUGACCUUGACUGGAAUGAGCUGCAAAAAAUACGGCAUGUUCAUAUACUUGAUCUCAGUCUCCAUGGAAACCACAAACUGGAGAUGGAUGCUUAUUAUAGGAUGCAUGUUAUUGACAGUCUUCCCCUGGUUUGGAUGCUUGAUGGACGUAUCAUAACUUCUGCAGAACGUGCUCAGGUGGAACAGUUCUUUAAGGAUUCUGCACUUUCUGAUAGACCUGUGAGGCACAAGCUUCCCAAGAACCACUUUGUUCCAUCAUCAUUGAAAAACAUCUCAUUGACAGGUGUUUUUGGACAAAAGAGAGAACACUUGAUGAGAAGGUUCCCUAUAAAAGAAAAACUGAAUGUUGAUCUCGAUAAGCGACGACUUUUGUACCUCGCUUAUGGCCUCCAGCAAGAAGUGAACCUUUACAUGAAAAGCAAUAUGAAGGGGAAGGUAAAACCAUCACUGCUGAUAGAAAAUUUAAUAAACUACAGAAAUGAAGACAAGGAAAGAUGUAACAUGCUAUUGCUAAUGCUAGUGGCAUCCCUGGAAUUUGCAAUUCCUUCACUGCUUGUUCAGCAAACCCUUGAUAUUGCAAGACUGCGAAAAAUAAGAAAUGUUGAUACCAUGGAUGUGUUCAUGCUCCCUCGGGAUGUCAGAUGCCGAUUGAUUUCUUUGCUUUUAGGGGCUGUGAAAAUUGAGCGUGAUCAACACAUUGAUGGUGGAUUGUACAACAGACUGUACCUGUGUCUUUAUGAUCUUGUCGCUGAUCUGGUUAGACUUGCCAAUGGAGACAGCAUAGCUAAAUAUCAAGCAACACGAAAAAGGCUGGAUUCAAGGAAAGCUGGGUACAGAUGCUUGUUGGCAUCAGAAGUGGUUCAGCUUCUCUGUAUUGUACCUGUCUUCUUUGACUUCAUUGGAAAAGAUCCUGGUGUUUUGGACUUAAUAAUUGUUGCCACUAAAGAUGAGAUGAUUGGUGAGAAGAUUAAGUCACUGAGCUGGAAAAUUCAGUCUGAAGGGGGAGGAAUGAACAAAGUGUCCAGAGAAAUUGCAGAGUAUCUUCUGGAAUGUGUGAAACAGGCUAAUGCAGCCAUGUCAGGAAAAAAGGGCACAGACCAUGGGAAGCUCUUGGAAGCUGAGAAACAAGUUAGCAGUGUAGAGCCAAGUUAUGUUAUAACUUCAAAAAGGUUGUUGAAGGCAAGCCAUGAGAGGCCUCACUCUUGUAAAGGAUCUGUCUGGUCAAAACUACAGAGGGAUGACUUACCUAAUGGAUUUAAAAGCAGAGCUUCUGCAAGAGUCAUGUCUGCUGUUGGUGCAAAAACGAACCAAAAAGCCGCAUUACAGAGAAAAAGGAUCAAGUUAGUUGGGAGGAAACCUGUGCUUGGUGACAGAGUAGAGGUUGGCCAUCAGACGUAUGGACGCCUCGUAGCUCUUCCAGAGUCGGACAUGGGCUUAGUUCAGCUGGAGACUGUAGCAGCUCCCAAGUUCCAGCAGGCAGACUAUCCCAUCAAUUACCUGGACCAGCAGUUCCUGUAUGUUGACUUUGCUGAUAUCAACUGGGAUUGUGCAUCAGGGACAUGGAGACCAUCUUAUUCAAAAGAAUUCGUGGAAAGUCGCAGUCAAAAAGGAUCAAGGAGUAAAACACUCAACACAAGCUAUGAUAACAGGGAAGAGGUUGCUCAAUUUCUAUCAGAUGCCAUCAGGCAAAAUCUACAACUCAGAGUUGAUCUGCCAGCAGCCUACAAUACUGAUGCCACAUCAGCAAUUGGGGAACCUGUAGCAACAGGAGAGACUGUAAUAACAGAUCAUGUGAGAUCAAUUGUACGAGAGUGCCUGCAAGAAGCAGAUGUAAAAUGGACAAGCUCUUAUGAACCUGAUAUUAAUGGCAACCACUUGCAUGAUCCAACAGAUAAUGAUGAUGUUGAGCAGCCUGUGCCAGAGAAGGCUGACAACUUGUCCACCCCUGUUGUUGUAUCAGAGGUGACAGCUAAUGCUGAUUCAGAAUCCUACAAAGAUUGCGAUGUGUUAGAGGAAGAUACUGAGGUGAACAGCAAAGAAAUUGAAGAAAAUUUUCUUCUUAUGGAGGAUGAAGGUGAUGACAUUGCUUUGGAUGAUCUUGGCUCAGAAAGUGCACAGUACUUUCCUGUUGAUUCUGAAGGAAUGGAGGAAAUGGUCUCAUACACAGAACAUGCCAGAAUAAAUGCAUGGAAGACACCUGAAGUGAUUAAAAAGGCUGCUGAGAAAGGAGUACCUUCUAGGGUGGGGAGUGCUACAACAAGAGUGAAUUCCAUUUCAGCAGCCCACCCUCCCCCACAGCGACCCUCAUCACCAACCCAGCCAGGUGUUGUUCCAUUUAUACAGGCCAACAGAUGGUUGGCAGGGGGUCGGGAUGUGAGUAGCACAUCUGUCAAGCGUGCAUCUGUUCCUCUGCCAGGAUGGAUGGAAGGAUUGGAAGAAAGAAGACCCAAGUCUUCUCCAGCUAUGAGAGGUCCUAGGCAAACCUCAAGUCCAAUUACCUCUCGGACAAGAGUGCCUAGACCCACAACAGGGCGACCUCUAGGGCAAAGUGGACAGUUCAUAAUGAGAGGAUCUUCUCAUGUACAGUAUCAGUUUCAACCUACUCGGGUUGUCAUAAGAAGGAGAUAAUGGAAGGUUACAGUCACAUGACGUGUGCUUACGCUUCAUUACAUUUCCUUCUAUAUCAUUUAAAUUUUUCUCAAACAAUAUACCUUAAAUUUUGAAGUUUAAGGGGACUAUGUAAAAUUCAUGACAUGAUCAUGAGCCACUGACCUAUUAAGUCUGUUUCCAUCCUUACCUUUACUGCUUCUCCAGUGAUUUAUGAGAAAAAAAAUACUUGCACUAAUGCAUCAUAUUGAUAGAGCAAAUAAUGAUUGGAAAGGACAGAUUAAGGCUUUUUUUAUGCAAAAAAUUUUAAGUGGUCAAUAUUUUCACUUGCUCCACUAUUUAAAUCCACUUUACAGAAAACCUUCUGACUUCUCUAAAGCCUUGUGAAGUAUCAAGGUUUUGGCAAAGUGCUGUUUGAACUUUUAAAAAAUAUAUUUAAGAAAAGAAGUUAAUGUUAUGUUAUUUAUGCUGUUAGUCAGCAACAGAUUUUCAAGUUGACUGCACCAUCAGUCAGUUUACUUUAUGUAAUUGCUGUCUUUGACCUCUUUGUAGUAAAGUUAACAUGCACAUUUUAUUUCUUACAUACAGCAUAAUCUAUCAUUAUUUAAUGCUGUUGUAGGAUUCAUACCUUUUUGCUGGUUUGUGUAACUAUUUAAUGUUUGAUUGUUAUUUAAAAUCUGGUUUAAGUGUACCAAUAGAUAUUUAUAUUUAAUCAUAAA